GGUGUAGAUCAUUACUUUUUGAGAAGCUUCGAGGGAAACGCAGCAAAAGGUCACACUGGCCUGUAUAUAAAGCAAGCGUGGCUUUCCCGUUGCGUCACGCGCCGCCCUCCUCCUCUCCCCACCGUGAUGCCUCUAGGCAGCAGGCAAGCUGGAGUUCCGGGCUUCUCCACUGGCGAGGUCUAAGACACAAGCUGCUUCCUCCAGUGGCGGAUCAAAAAACACUCGGGCGGGCACGGAACCCAGUCGACCGGCACAGGUUGCAGCUGGGUACCCAGCCGCUGGGUGCGCGCGUGCGCGGCGGCUCUUCCGGCGCUGCGGUGAGGGUCGCCUGGGGGAACUGUCCGGACGUCGCACGGGAAGUCGCCUAGCGAGAGGUCGCGCGCCAGUCUCCCAGCAGCCGGUGGCGGGGCAGUGCCUGGGAGGCCUGUGUGCUCCGAGUGCCAAGUCCCCGCGUCCUCUGCGCGCCCCCGCCUGCGCCGACCCUCCAAGUACACGCCGUGGUUAGGAAGGAAGGGUCUGGUUUAGAGAGUUCCCUGCAAGUCCUGUGCGUUAAGCCCGGAGCCCACACUAAAAAGAGAAAAUGAAGAAAUUAAGGUUUAAGGAACUAGAGAGUCGCCUGCAAGAAGUGGAUGGAUUCGAAAAACCCAAGUUACUUCUAGAACAGUAUCCCACCAGGCCGCACAUUGCAGCAUGCAUGCUCUAUACAAUCCAUAACACAUAUGAUGACAUUGAAAAUAAAGUGGUUGCAGAUCUAGGAUGUGGCUGUGGAGUACUUAGCAUUGGAACUGCAAUGUUAGGAGCAGGGUUGUGUAUUGGAUUUGACAUAGAUGAAGAUGCACUGGAAAUAUUUAAUAGGAAUGUGGAAGAAUUUGAGUUAACAAAUGUUGAUAUGAUUCAGUGUGAUGUGUACUCAUUAUCAAAUAGAAUGCCCAAGUCAUUUGAUACAGUAAUUAUGAACCCUCCCUUUGGAACCAAAAACAAUAAAGGGAUGGAUAUGGCUUUUCUAAAGACUGCUUUGGAAAUGGCAAGAACAGCAGUAUAUUCAUUACACAAAUCCUCAACUAGAGAACAUAUUCAAAAGAAAGCUGCAGAAUGGAAAAUCAAGAUAGAAAUUAUUGCAGAGCUUCGAUAUGACCUGCCAGCAUCAUACAGUUUUCAUAAAAAGAAAUCAGUGGACAUCGAAGUGGACCUAAUUCGGUUUUCUUUUUAAAAGCUUCCAGAGACAAAAAGCAGCUUAAAAUCUAACUAAGAUGAAUAAAAAUGUUGUUUACUAAA